UGGUCUCCUGUUCAAACACUCUCAUCAGCCUGUUUGCCGGACCAUCGCACUAUGAAUCCUUGUCCAGUCUAUGAGAGGAAAUCCAAAACCGUCUUUCUGUUCUUCGUCAGCAUAUUGGGACUAUUUAACAAUGGACAAUAAAACACAUUCAGGACCCAUAUCAAGACCCUUUCAAGUAACAACAUUAUUCAAACAGGAAGAGAAAUGUUCGGAUUCUGGACAGGUGACCUAUAGAAUUCCAUCUCUCAUUUAUAUCAGUGACAAUCAAACCUACCUUGCCUUUGCUGAGAAACGAAAAACAGCAGAUGAUACAGAUGCUGAUGUCCUGGUGAUGAGAAAAGGAAUGUGGAAGGAUGGAGAGGUUGAGUGGGAUAAUAACCAUGAAGUGCUCACUUCGGCUUGCCUAUCAAACCACCGCAGCAUGAAUCCGUGUCCGGUCUAUGAGAAAAGAACCAAGACCCUGUUCUUGUUUUUCAUCUCAGUUCCAUUUGGAGUUUCUGAGAAAGCCCAAAUAAAGAAAAAGAAAAACCAGGCACGUCUUUGUUAUGUAACCAGCAAGGACAUAGGCAACACCUGGAGCCGUAUCACAGAUCUGACAACAGAUGUGAUCGGUGACCAGGUCAAGACCUGGGCCACCUUUGCAGUUGGGCCAGGGCAUGGUAUCCAAAUGCAGAGUGGGAGAUUGAUUAUUCCAGCCUAUGUGUAUCAUUGCCACUUAGAUCAUAAGCCCACACCUUAUGCUUUUGCAUUUUACAGUGAUGACUGCGGAAGCACUUGGCAUGUUGGAGAACGAUUGGCUGAUGAGUCUUGUGAGUGUGAGAUGGCUGAGAUCAUAGACCAUGAUGGUAAGAGCCAUCUGUACUGCAAUGCUCGUAGUACGUCCGGCCACAGAGUUGAGGCUCUAAGUAAGAGGGUUGAAGAAGCUUUCGACAAACUUUCAUCUGCAUGCAAGCUGACUGAGACCGGAUAUGGUUGCCAGGGCAGCGUGUUAAGUUUUGCCCCUGAUCAAAGAUCUGAAAACACAUGGUUGCUCUACUGCCAUCCAACCAAUCCAUGUCAGAGAAGGUCCCUUGGUGUCUACUUGAAUAAAUCUCCAUUGGAUGCAUCAGGAUGGGUAGAUCAAAAAUUGAUAAUCCAUCAUGGUCCCAGUGGAUACUCAGAUCUGGCUCAUUGUGGAGAUGGAGAACAUUUUGCCUGUCUUAUAGAGUGUGGAGAGAAAAGUGAGGUCGAACAGUUGGCCUUUAUUAUUUUUAAGCUUUCUGAUGUCAUUCAAGCCAAGAAUACUGAAUAAGAGAAAACAUAGCUUUCUGGGGGGCUACAUUUUCUUUCAUUUAAAAUAUGCAAUGACUGCUACUGUAUAUCUGCUUCAUCAUGUACUACACACACACAUUUGGUUACUCUGUAUCCAUCCAUAUAAUUAUUUAGUGUUCAUAGCUCAUUGUGCUAGCAGCACAAAUGUUAUUGAUUCAAUGCCACUUAUAAAAUAUGUGAAUAAUGGGUUAAAUAAAUACUAAUUUAGGAAGUUUUGCAAUGUAAUAAAAAUAUAUUUUUUCUGAAGCCAACAGGAAGUGUGGGUAUUAAUUAAACCAAGCAGAAAUAUUUCUGACUAGACAAUGAAUCAUAAGAAUGUGCUAUUACUGCACUUAAUCUUUAGGGAGGGAGAUGUAGCUUGUGUCAGCAAAAGUACACACUCUAAAAAAUUUUAUGACUCCCAAAGCAUCUGCAAACACUGUAAAUGGCCCCAGUGCAAGUCAUUAUUUUAUAAUCGGCCUAUAAUUAAUUGCCUGGGUGGAGCCCAAUAAUGCAGCAGCACUGUGUACUUAACAAUCUCCACUGGCUGUUUUGGGAUGGUUAGAUUUUAAAUUUAUCAUUAUGUUCUCAGUGGGUGCUCUGUGGUUUCCAGCUAUCUCCUCUAUGCAGAUAAAGUUUACACAAUAUUGAACAGGAAAUAAAAAACAAACUUUCUAAUACGCUUUUAUUUUAUUUUCUAUAGAUUCAAAUCAGACAUUCGCUGAAUUAGAGGCAGGAUAAAUGUUUUUCAUUAUUCCUAAAUCUCCAGAUAUCCCAUUAGCCUACUAGUUGAGGGGGGCUGAAAAGGAACCAGCUUUGGUGACAGGCUGUGUUUGAAACUGCAUACUUUCCUACUAUAUAGUUAGCAAGAAACAGUGACAAAAGUGUCCAAAUUCGCAGUAAAGUAGGUCACUUAAAAGUACAUAUUAAAUAAAUAAUAAAUACAAAUUAAAUUUGAGACUAUUAACAGAAUGUGCUUUGGCGUGGAACUCACGCCAUGUUAGAGACCACUGAUAUAGAGAAUACUUAUUUUAAGUUCUUUAAAUAUUUACUUAUUCAAAUAUGUACCCACUCAAGAAAGUAUGCUAUUUCAGUGAAAGCAUGCUAUUUUGGAUGCAGCCACUGUCUCUUUAAGUACUUGCUUAUAUUUCUUUCAAUGCACUCUUAAAGGGGACAUCUUACUUUUUCCAUGUUUAAGUGCUAAAAUUGGGUCCCCAGUGCUUCUAUCAAUCUAGAAAAUGUGAAAAAGAUCAACCCAGGAACUUUGUUUUGGUAAACCAUUCUU